AUGCCCCAGCGGGUAACCCUGUCCUGGCAGUCCGACAUGCAGCUGGCUGGGAAGCUGGUCCUCUCCGCCGCCGCUCUGCUCCUUCUCACUUUGGCAUACAGGUUUUACAGGACUCGCUCGAGUGCCGGGGGCAAAAUCCCACUGGCUGAUGCGGGAGAGCAGAGGGAAAACGCAUCCCGGGAUGGGGAUGAGGUUGGGGAUGGGGAUGAGGGGCACGGGGUGCGGCGGAGGAAGGGAUGUGGUGAGGAGGUGAGGGAUGGUGAGGAUGCACAAUUCCGUGGUGGGACGCGACACGCGACUCUCCGGGGGGAUCGAAGCCUGCCAAGGGGUGAGGAGGAGAAGGAGGAAGAGGAAGGAGAGGAGGUGGUUUCUGAGCUGGGGGUGAGGCACAGGAGAGUCCUGCUUGGUCCAGCCAGGAGGGAAAGUGAGCUGGGAAGCAAGCUGGGCUGUAAAUUGGGAAUUGAGUCAGAAAGCAAGCCAGGAAUUGAGCCAGGAAGCAAGUUGGGAAACGAGCUACGAAAUGAGUUGGGAAGUGAACUGGCAAGUGAGCCAGGAGGCAAGCUGGGAUGUAAGUCAGGAAACAAGCUGGGAAUCAAGCUGGGAAGUGAGCUGAGAAGCAAGUCAGGAAGCAAGCCAGAAAGCAAGUUGGUGGUAAGCAAGCUGGGAAAUGAGUCGGGAAGUGAGCUGGCAAGCAAGCCAGGAAUCAAGCUGGGAAAUAAGUCAGGAAGCAAGCAAGGAAUUGAACUGGGAUGUCGUCUGGGAAGUGAGCAAGGAAGCAACAUAGAAAGCAAGCUAGGAAAUGAGCUGGGAAGUAGGCCAGAAAGCAAACUGGGAAGCAAAGUAGGAAAUGAAUCAGGAAUUGCGUCGGCAAGCGAACCAGGAGGCAAGCUGGGAAGUGAGCUGGGAAAUGAACUGGGAAGUGAGCUGAGUUCUUAUGGCCUUGGGGAUGUGGCUGAAACACGAAGAAGCCAUGGGGAGAAGGGCACACUGACCCCCAAGACUGGGCUAUCCCCAGGGAUUGCUAAUGCCCAGAUAGCAGGUAAUGGACAUGCCCAGAAGACAGAGCAGGGUUUGGCUGGUGGAAGCACAAGUAGGAAAGCCAAGGGGCACAGAGGAGCAAUCCAGACUCUCAAUGUCACCUCGAACCUGGGGCUACUGAUGACUGCAAGCAAUGAGAGGUCAGAUACCUCCUACUCUUUCUCCUCGGUUGCAAAGAUUCAAGUGGAGGAGAACUACAUCAGCAAGCAGCAAGAGAAGGAUGGGGCCAAGCAGACAGUCCCUGGCCUCAAAGGCAAAGUCUACGACUACUAUGUCCAGUCCAUCUCCAAGUCGGUGUUGAAGAGGACACGUCUCCCUUACAUCCCUCCAGCCACGUCCCGGCGCCGCAGCUCAGAGCAGCUCAAUGAAGAGCUGCAGAGCUUUGCAACCCAGAAAGAGAACCCAACUUUGGCAACAUGUGAUCCCACCAUCUCCUCCACAGUUCCACCACCUACAAGGAGCUUGGAGACCUCUCCUGAGCCACCAUCUCCUGGCCACAAGGACAGCAUCCUCCAGAUUGCUGACAGCCCCCAACUCCAGCUGCCCAUGGAGGGGUUUGGGGUAACAUCUCCACCUAGAACACCACCUACAAGCCCCCAACCAGGAUUGGUGGCUAAUCGUGACCUCUUCCAAAAGCCACCACCCACCCACCUGGACCUGGGGAACUGCUAUGAGGUCCUCUGCACAGCCAAGGCACAGAAGCUCAGCCAUCUCCGAGAGGCUGCCUACAAGGUGAUGAGUGACAACUACCUGCAGGUGCUGAGGACACCUUCCAUCUACGGCCGCCUCAACGCCGGUGAGAGGGAGCUCAUCCUGCGGCAGAGGAUGAAGGGGAAGAUGUACAUGGUCGUGGCAGAUGUCAACGUGCAGGAGCCUGGACUCCACACUGGCCAUCUCUGCUACUAUGAUGAAGGAGGUGACUCCUGGCAUCACCUCUGUCACAUGCCACCAGAGGUGGUCUCUCGGGGAUGUGCCAUGUGCAGCAUGUUCAACUAUCUCUUCGUCGUGGCUGGCUGUGAGGGCAAGGGCCGGAUACAGAGACCCUCCAACCGUGUCUUCUGCUACGACCCACUGACCAACAUCUGGAGGGAGAUAUCUCCCCUGAACCAAGCCCGGCCACACUGCAAGCUCAUAGCCUUGGAUGGCCACCUCUAUGCCAUCGGUGGCGAGUGCCUCUACACGGUGGAGCGCUACGACCCCCGGCAGGAUCGCUGGACCUUCACUGCUCCUCUACCCCACGACACAUUCGCGGUGGCCCACACAGCCACAGUGUGUGAUGGGGAGAUCUACGUGACAGGAGGCACCUUGCGCUAUGUGCUGCUGCGCUACGACGCUCGCUUGGACAGCUGGAGGGCCAGCCCAGCCAUCGGCAGCAAGGACAGGACAGCUGAGAUGGUGAGCACCAACGGCUUCAUCUACCGCUUUGACCUCCACCGCAGCACCGGCAUCAGCGUCUACCGCUGCAGCGCCAAGGCCAAGCUGUGGUAUGAGUGUGCCACCUACACCCUGCCUGACGUGUCUGGUUUCCAGUGCACCGUGCUGGGCAGUCUGGUUCACUGCAUUGGUCGGCACUUCCACAUUCGCUUCUUGGCUGACCACAUCUCGCCACGCUUUGGGACCAAGGAGCUGCAGCCGUUCCCCUCGCCCCACGGCAGGCUCCUCCCCCUCCCAGCUGCUCUGGUGCUGCCAGAGGGAGGAACAGUGCAAACACAGGUUUGA